CUUUUCCCAGUAUAGACGAUCUUUCUGUGAGGCUGUAGUAUCUGCGUUGAAGAAAAGCUCCUCUCCCACUGGCUGCUAUGACCUAGCCACCGGACGGCACUUUCUGUUUUCAGGACUGACCGCUGCGUCUGAAAUAGUUUCGUAGCGUUUUGGGCAAUCACACAUUCAACACACAGUCGUUUAUGGUUGCAUUGCCGCGACUUUUUAAUCGUAGCUGCUGGCCCCUGAGGCUAGCUGGCUAGCAGAGCAGUGACAGAGUGGAGCCAGCUGGUCGGACAGAGGUACAGUAACGUUAGCAAACAAGCUAAUUAGCCAGAAAGACUCAGCCUGGAUUACUGUCUCUAAUAAAGGAGAGCGUAAGUCUGCGGCUUUACUACACUGCGGCAAAAUGAAGAUAACUGUGGAUUUCGAGGAAUGUUUGAAGGACUCCCCACGAUUCAGAGCCACCAUAGAGGAAGUGGAGGGGGAUGUGUGUGAGCUGGAAUCCAAGCUCGACAAACUGGUGAAGUUGUGUAUUGGGAUGAUUGAUGCUGGAAAAGCCUACAAUGCAGCCAACAAGCAGUUUGUUAACGGGAUUCGGGAGCUAGCCCAGCAGUCCACCAAAGAUGAAGUCAUUGAGUCCAGUCUCACAAAGUUUGCUGAGAGCCUGCAGGAGAUGAUCAACUAUCACACGAUAUUAUUCGAUCAGGCCCAGAGAUCAAUCAAGACCCAGCUUCAAACAUUUGUCAAAGAUGACCUACGCAAGUUCAAAGAAGCCAAGAAGCAAUUUGACAAAGUGAGCGAGGAAAAGGAGGCGGCGCUCAUCAAGAAUGCCCAGGCUCCCCGCAACAAACAGCACGAGGUGGAGGAGGCCACCAACAUCCUCACUGCCACACGCAAGUGCUUCCGACACAUCGUCCUCGACUAUGUCUUACAGAUCAAUGUGCUACAGUCCAAGAGAAGAUCGGAAAUCCUGAAAUCAAUGUUGUCCUUCAUGUACGCCCACCUGACGUUUUUCCACCAAGGAUAUGACCUCUUCAGUGAACUACAGCCUCUAAUGAAACUGCUUGGAGGACAGUUGGACCAGCUGGUGGUGGAUGCUGCCAAAGAGAAAAGGGACAUGGAGCAGAAACACUCCACCAUCCAGCAAAAGGACUUCUCGAAUGACGACACCAAGCUGGAGUGCAAUGUGGAUGCAGACAAUGGCAUCGCUAUGGAGGGUUAUCUCUUUAAGAGGGCCAGCAAUGCCUUCAAGACGUGGAAUAGGCGUUGGUUCUCCAUCCAGAACAAUCAGCUAGUUUACCAGAAGAAAUUCAAGGACAACCCCACAGUGGUUGUGGAGGACCUGAGACUAUGUACAGUCAAACACUGUGAGGACAUAGAGCGUCGCUUCUGUUUCGAAGUGGUGUCACCCACCAAGAGCUGUAUGAUGCAGGCAGACUCAGAGAAGCUGCGGCAGGCCUGGAUCAAAGCCGUCCAGAACAGCAUCGCCUCCGCCUUCCGCGACAAGGGAGAUGACGGCGAGAAGCUGGACAGGAAGUCGUCCACAUCGACAGGAAGCCUCGACUCUGGUGGAGAGCCAAAGGAGAGAACAUUGAAAGGAGAGAGCGCCCUGCAGAAGGUUCUGGUCAUCCCAGGCAACACCAGCUGCUGCGACUGUGGCCAACCGGACCCCCGCUGGGCCAGCAUCAAUCUAGGCAUCACCCUCUGUAUACAGUGCUCUGGAAUCCACAGGAGUCUGGGAGUGCAUUUCUCGAAGGUUCGCUCUUUGACUUUGGAUACAUGGGAGCCAGAACUACUAAAGUUGAUGUGUGAACUGGGAAAUGGAGUGAUCAACCAAAUCUAUGAGGCUCGGCGAGAGGAGCUUGGAGCCAGGAAACCGCAUCCGGGAGAUCCAAGACACGAGGUAGAGUCCUACAUCAAAGCCAAGUAUGUGGACCGUCGGUUUGUACGCCGGCCGUCAGACGAAGAGCUGCGCGACAAAGUGGUUUCUCUGAGCAAACAGGAGAAAAGGCUGAGCAGCAGCUCUGAGCAUCUGCCCCCGAGAGCUCCACCGCCCACACCGAAACUCAGACCCGGAUCGAACCUCUCCGGACAGUCAGCUGUUGCCAGCGGCUCGGAGGUCCGCCGUGACUCUCUCUUCUGUCCUGAUGAGCUUGACUCCCUCUUCUCCUACUUUGACAACUCCUCCAAGCUCAGGAGCAUAAAAAGUGCAGACAGUGGCAUCCAGAACAGCGCCGAUGGGAGCAGGGAGAUGCUGGCCAACGUCCCCUCCAAUAACAGCCUAGCAGACGCAGAGGCUGCUGAGUCUCCGCCCAUGGCCAUGCCUGCCACACUGCCUCCUCCAUCACCCUGCAAGGAGGUGGUUUUCUACGAGCCCAAGGAAUACAGCCCAGGUCUGCAGCUCUAUUGGGCAUCAGGUGCACGUAGCCUGCCGGACAUGGCCGAAGCACUGGCCCAUGGAGCAGAAGUCAACUGGGUCAACACAGAGGACGACAAGAGGACGCCGCUUAUCAUGGCGGUGCAGGGGGGUUCUCUGGUCACCUGCGAGUUUCUGCUUCAAAAUGCAGCUAAUGUGAACCAGCAGGAUGCUCAGGGCAGGGGACCCCUACACCACGCCACCAUGCUGGGACACACAGGGCAAGUGUGUUUGUUCUUAAAAAGAGGAGCAAAUCAAAAUGCUGCAGACAUUGACGAGAAAACACCCCUGACAAUAGCAGUGGAGGCGGCCAACGCAGACAUCGUCACGCUGUUGCGACUGGCCAAGAUGAACGAGGAGAUGCGAGAGGCGGAGGGGCCUUACAGCCAGUCAGGAGAUGAAACCUACCAGGACAUUUUCCAGGAUUUCACCCACAUGGCAUCCAACGACCCGGACAAGCUGAACCGCUACCAGCAGUACGAUCCGCAAAGACCCUGACCCAGCAGUGCUGUCCACUGGCACGCAGAGACGUUGUCUGCUCACUACCCGUGAGAUACAAAAACGAUUUGUGGAGAGACAUUGUCCACUUUGUCUCCUUCAUCAGCUAGCAUCAAAGCUGGACUCGUGUCUCCAUAUUUAAUGUGGCCGAAGCUCCCUAUCAAAUUCUGCUUAUUUGACUUGCAGCUGUGAAAAACACAUGCGUUUCACUCAAGUGAAGGGGAACUUCCAUGAACAGCAAACCUCUUUUUUAAAUGAAAAGAAGAAAAAAGAAAAACAGAAACUGUGCUCUCCAGUAGGACCUACCACAAUAAAUAAAUGGUACAGAGUUAAAGCCUUUAUAUAAAACAAAAACAACAAAAAAAAAAACCCAAAUGAUAUUUGAACUCAGUCUGAAUGUAGAGCUGCCUUCAGGUCUGUCAGUUAUUUUGACCAAGCUUAAUCCUUCACGUCAGACUUUCCUGACUGAAGAAAUUCACAGUUUCUUGUUUUAAAAGCGGCGUAUCUUAAAGAAGUGUGCUGCAUCAGAGUUGUGAAGAGGUAAGUGCAUGACAGACUGUUAAAUACCGCUUGCAGUUUUUUAAAUGCUUCCUUUUUUCUAUAGGUUUCUCUUUAUGAGCAUAAGCAAAUGCUGCAGGAUGUUGUUUUUUUUGUAUCAAAGUUUUGCUUUAGUGACCCCCUCAGCAGCGUAUACAUGGCAAUAUGCUUUUACUUAUUUGCACAAAUGUUUUUGUUUUAAAUCGCCACUGAUGUUUACCAGUUGUGAUGGUAAGACUUGUUAAACCGUGUACAGUGAUUUGGUAGUAAGCAUGGGCAAACAUGUCAUUGGUGCAUCUGUAAUGUCAAAUAGAUAGUAGUUUUUGUGAUUUUUAAAUGCUAGUUGUUUUUGAACUUGUUGCUCUGAAAGAUUUAAACUUUCCACGUUGUCACCACAUCAGUACCCGCAGUACGUGUCAGCGAGGCCCUCAGCCGCUCAGCGUCGUGAUUUUUGUGGAAUUAAAAUGACUUCAGUCGUGCUGAGCUGAUCGUUAAUUUGUAGACUCAGUCUCCCGCUGAUACGAGAUUAAAAUGAGUUAAUGAGCUCUACAAUGUUGUUGUCCUGAACGGGGGCUACUCUUGUUGAUUCUAGUAACGCCACAUUUCACAGGUUAACAACAAUAUCAUGGGAAGUUUCCUGGAAACGUGAAAGAUCUGCUCUAUUAAACCCAGGUAAUGUUGUUUUUUUUUAAAUAUUGCCAGCUUAAAGAUGAAAUGACACCUGUGGCCACUUUGUAUUAUUACUCCCUGACACAUUUAAAACUAAACUGACUGUCAGCUGACAGAAAACAAGAGCUGGAUUGCAUGUAUCCGUCAUUUCCUGUGAAUUGCUUGUGCGUUAAUGGCGGACUCCCGCCACUGAGAGUGAAAACUGCUAUGAGACAACUGCAGAAUGCAAACACGUUGAAUGACUGUUACUGAAAAGUAUAAUCAAAAAUUGAAUUUGAUUUCAUUCAGCAUUACGACUUCUCCAUAUUUGUUGAAUUGUGUGUGCUUGUCUUUUUUUUUUUUCCUUUUUUGUCACAUUUUACGUCCAGCUGGCCUUAAAUGCACUUAUUAAAAGGCUCUGUGUUAUGCAGACAGAUAAUUCAAAUGAAUUAAUUAGAAGUGUACAACUGAACACUGAGUAGAAGCAAAUACCAAGGAAACUUUCCAGGAAAUUAACAGAACGUUAGAUUUUGGAAUUUUGGAAAUACAGUCUGCAAAAUGUCAGAUAUGUUUGGAAAUAUUAGAAAACUGGAAACCCUGUGAAGGUUUAUAAUAUCAGUUGUCAGUUUGUGUUUUGUUGAUUCUGUUUGAUUGGGGUGACUUUACUGAAAUGAGUUUCACGAUAAAGGUCAUGUACUGUACUGUAGGAGCUGUGAUUUUUGCCUUAAUUUUUUUAAUUUUCACUUCUCUUUGAUAAUAAUUAGCAUAUAGUAAGAUAUGAUAUGAAGCACAGAGGAAACCUUUAAGCAACAAAACAUGGGAUACACUUCAUGUACAUUUUGUACAGAUGCUUUUGAAUUCACCAGAGAAGUGAAGUAUGAAGUUAGUGGUACUUGAAUCAUUAAAUAAGCUUUUGUAUAUGCUGUUCUUUGUAUCCUUCAGUAAUUAGCCCAUUUUAUAUUACCUGUCUUUAUACCAGCAUACAUGUACUGUAUAUUCUCCCUGUAAUAUGUAAGACCUUCAAUACUUAUGUGUUAAUAAACACAAAAGUGUUAAUAAACACAGCUGCACAAAAGAAUUUAAGGCAAAAAAGA